UUACUUUGCAAAUCGUCCUUGACGGUAAAGCCUUGCGAAAUUACGCCUCCGCGUCAUCGCGAGAAAAUUACCAGCUUUCUACGUCUUUCUCCCUCUGACGUUCAUAAGCUUGGUUAGUGUGAGAGGGACGGGUGUUAAAGGUGAAUGAUGCAUCGUGCCUCGUCUCCAGUCAGUCUCAGGCCGCUGCGCACGCGGCGCGGACGCGCGAUCGUCGUUUGAAUUAACGAAUUGCCGCGCGAUCUCUCGAUUCGAGAAUCGAAGUUUUUCGAUGUGCCAUUGUUCAGUUAUUUCCUGUGAACUGUGUUUGAAAAAGCAUCGAUAAAGUCGUUUCAAGUGAAUUGUGAAGUGAUACGUAAAAAUGGUUAUGGAACCUGGUCAACAGACCGGGCGGUUUUGGCCGCUCUCGCCUCGCCUGUGGCGUCGGAGUAAUGAGUACUCCAAGGUAGUGUUCGAGCCCCGAAGACCUCCUUUAUCGCCAAUCGAGAUCCGGAGACAUGACAAAAUGGACACGACUCCAGAUUUACUGAGGACAAGGAGUUAUAUCAAGGACAGGCUGGAUCAUUUGAAUUUGGAGCAGAAAAUCAUGGAUGAGCGCAGAUGGAGCGUGGAUUCCAAAAAACCGCCGAUCAAAGAGCCGAAGAAGAAAGCAGAAGUGGAGGAAGUAGUGAAGCUGAGGGUUAAGAAGCAGAGGCAGCCUCGCCCGAACAGCCUGCAGUUGCUUCUGUGUCCUUCUAGUUCCGGACACUACAGUAGCAAUACUUGGAGAUACACUCGGGUGCGCUCUAAGAGCCAUGAGCCGGAGGGCGGCGGCCGGUGCGGCGAGGGCCCGCUAGCGCGCGCCAUGCAGCCCGCUCCGCCGGGCGGCUCGCCCAAGAGGCACCAUCCCGCUGCGCCUGCGCAUGGUGGUGCAGCCGGCGACCAGUCCACAUUGAAGGUGCACCUUCCAAACGGCGGGUUCAAUGUGGUGCGCGCGUCAGCCGACGAGGAUGUACGGGCGGUGCUGCGGCUGCUGGCCGCCAGGCUGGCAGCUGGAGACAGGGUGUACACGUCCUGCUACGCGCUGAGGGCCAAGCGGCUGACUACUGGCAAGAUCCGCUGGAUCCACCAGGACACGCCGGUGUCGGAGCUGCUAACAAAAUGGCCGGCGAGCGAGUGGCGCCUGGAGCUGCGCGUGCGCUACCUGCCCGCCAACCUGCGCGACCUCUGCGACGCAGACCGAGUCACCUUCCAUUAUUAUUACGACCAGGUGCGACACGACUACCUCAACGCCAAUCAUCCUAUGGCAGACCAGGAGUUGGCGAUCCAAAUAUGUUGUUUAGAAAUUAAAUACUUCUGUAAGGAUAUGCAAAUAUCGAUGGACAAGAAGUCCAACAUCGAAUACUUGGAGAAGGAGUUCGGACUCCACAAGUUCCUCCCCAAGUCUGUUCUCGACGCCAUCAAACCUAAAGUGCUUAAGAAGGCUAUACAGCAACAGUUCAAAAAGGUGGCGAGCCUAAGCGAUACGGAAUGCAUGUUGAAGUACUUGGACACGAUGCACACGCACUACGGCUACGACCGGGAGACCUUCUCUGGCGCGCUGGGGACCGGGUUCGCGAUACCCGUCGAGCUGGCGAUAGGACCUGAUAUCGACAUAUCAUACGUGUCACACAAGGCAGGCGAGCCGCCCACCUACACGAAGAUAGCUUCGUUCUGCGACAUCGUGGCCGUGCAGACCCUCAAGUCCAACUGCACGCAAACGUCACAAACACAGAGUGGAUCAUGUGGUAAAGCUGCACUUCAGCUAAGAGUGAAGGGAGCCUCGGAAACUCUCACCAUCUCCUGCAAAAGUGUUGAGGCAGCAGAAAGUUUAGCAGAUCUCGUUGACGGAUACUGCAGGCUCGUCACAGAUUCACAAACAUCAUUAUGGAAUAGAACGACUGCCGAGAUGAGUAGCAGUUCAUCAGAAGGCAAGACGAGCUCGUGGGAGGCGAAUACAACGACCUCAUUGUCCGAGGACUACGCGGAGAUUGUGGACGAUGAUGCCGACUACUCCACGCCAGCCGUCCGAGAUUACGAGCUAGUUCGAAAUCAAAUAGAGUUGACCGGCAUCAUUGGCGAAGGACAGUUUGGUGACGUACAUAAAGGCACAUGUAAGGUGAGCACGUGGUCUCACCCGUCGCUGCGGCGCCAGCAGCUGGCGGCGGGCGGCGGCGCGCUGCCCGUCGCCGUCAAGACCUGCAAGAUGGACGCAGACCUCGACACCGCCGAGAAGUUCCUGGAGGAGGCCUACAUAAUGCAGCAGUUCUCGCACCCUCACAUCAUCGGGCUGGUGGGAGUCUGCAGCUCGCCGCCAAUCUGGAUAGUCAUGGAACUGGCCACGCUUGGAGAGAUGCGGGCCUAUCUGCAACAGAAUGCGCACAGGCUGGCAACAUCGACGCUAGUGCUGUACAUAUACCAGUUGUCGACGGCUCUCAGUUACCUAGAGAGCAAGAAGUUUGUACAUCGAGACAUCGCCGCCAGGAACGUGCUUGUAUCCACGCCAAACUGUGUCAAGUUGGCCGACUUCGGUCUAUCAAAGAUGGUGGAAGACAAGUCUUACUACAAGGCGUCGCGCGGGAAGCUGCCCAUCAAGUGGAUGGCGCCGGAGUCCAUCAACUUCAGGAGGUUCACCUCGGCAUCUGAUGUCUGGAUGUUUGGUGUGUGCAUGUGGGAGAUCCUGAUGUUGGGAGUGAAGCCCUUCAGCGGCGUGAAGAACAACGACGUGAUCGGCAAGCUGGAGAACGGCGAGCGCCUGGCGCUGCCGGCGCGCUGCCCGCCGCGACUGUACUCCGUCAUGUCGCGCUGCUGGGCCUACGAGCCCAGCCAGCGGCCCGCCGCGCACCAGCUCAAGGAGACACUCUUUGAGAUCCUGCAAGAGGAGCGCAGCUCUGCGUGGGACACGAUGCGGCGAGAGAACAGGCGCGUGGCCGCCGCUUCCUUCAGCGAGGAGCCGCCGCCCAAGCCACAGCGACCAGCCAACAACAUCGCCGUGGGUGAAACGACAGCGAGUCCAGCGAGCGGCGGCACGGCGCAGACGUACAUCGUGGCGCAGAACCCGCUGGUCUUGGCGCAUCUGCUGCGGGAGAACCAGGCCCGCGCCCUGCACCCGCAGGCUUACACCACGCCCGCAUCGAGUCCGGAAUGCGACAGCGAGCAAGCAGUAGAACGGCGGCUGUUGGCAGAGCUGGCGCGGCAGCAGCAUCAGAGCGAGGAGGAUAGGAGGUGGCUGCAGCUUCAAGAAGAAAACUUGCAAAAACGUCUCUCCAACGUACAACUAUCAACGGAGUCUGAACCGGCGCAGGAACAAAAGCCAGAGAGUACGCAGGAACCGAGGGCGUCUAGUCAACCGCAUUCAGCGACUAAUUCAUCAGAAACGAGUCCAGCGAAUACUUUCAAGGGUAAAGAGAAACCGCCGAGCGAAGAAAAGUUAUGUCGCGGCAACCCAUCGGAGCCGGUGUACGCGGCGACGACGGGCGUGGUCCGCUGUGUGAUGCGUCUGGCGGGCGCGGCGGCGGGCGGCGAGCCCGCGCCCGGCCUGCUGCGGGCUGUGCGGGCCGUGGGCGCCCAGCUCAGGGACCUGUGCGCUACUGUCGAUGCACUGGUCGUGCCCUUCCCUACUGCCGCACAGAGGGAGGUGGAGAUGGCCCACCAAGUGCUGAGCAAGGACAUGGCGGCGCUGGUGGAGGCCAUGCGGCUCGCCAUACAGUACCACAACACCACGCUGCAGCAUGAGUACACUAAGAACAUGCUGGCAGCAGCUCACAUCCUAGCGAUGGACGCUAAGAACCUCCUGGACGUGGUGGACUGCAUCCGCGAGCGACACCCGCACAUCGACUGGCGCGCGGCGCUACUGCCGCCCGCCCAGCCGCCCGCCCCGCCAGGCCCGCCCGCCCAGGCCGGCCCGCCCGCAGAGGCACAGGUCGUUAUACCUCAGAACCAGACGCUCACCUCUCAGAACCAGGUGUUCGCUGCACAGAACCAAGUCUGUGUCCCGCAGAACCCAGUGCUCAGCGCUCAGUCGUCAGUAACGGAGGAUGAGGCACCUCCCAAACCCGACUUUAAGGUGAACCAGCCCGUCACUACCGCGCUCACACACUGCGAGCCGCCCAAGGAACACAGCAGCCUCCCCGCUGCGCCCAACAGAGUCUCCACCCUCAUACACAACUACAACCUCUACGGCAACGUGAAAGAGCCCCAGCACAUCUAUGGCAACACCGAAGCGACCUCCUUCCAGUUCCCCUCAACAGCUGAUGACGUCAAAGUCGAUUCCGCGCCCAUGGAGUCCGUCAAAAGCCGCGUCCAAGCCCUCGCCGGGAAACUCGACUCCCCGCCUAUCUACUCCGUCAGCAAGAAGAUGAUCCCCCUCGAUCAGAACAUAGGUCACUCCGACCAGGGGUGAACGACCUCCGGCCCCUUGUUUCGCUUGUAGUGGCAUUUUUUUUACGUCACGUGACGUCGACAGCUUUACAUAGGCUAUGACAUAAUAUUAGAACGACUAGUGUACUUACCGGGAUAUGCUCAUAGAUUUGUUUCCUUUGCCGCUUUGAAUCUAGUGCGACGCUUAUUUGGAAAAGACAAAGUAAAAUGCUCAAUAUUACCCGUAGCACGUUAAGUGAGCCAAAUAAUUGUCGUAUGUCGUCUCCAUCCAUUUAACUUCGCAUACAUUUAAUCAGACUUCAUGUAACAGUCCGUUCCUAUUGUUUGUAGCGCGUUUUUGGCAAUGUAGGAGAGGCAGGAUGUUUGUAUAUUUCGUUUCUUAAAUAUAAUCUGAUUAAAACAAUUUUAAUACAGAUAUAUAUUGCUUAAAAUGCUGCCUAAAUUGUCUGUAGACAGAGUUAUGAUUAAAAAUAAAUUGUUGCCUAUGGUAUGGCCUAAUCACUGCCAGCAUGAUGCCUUUCCGUCGUUGAUAAUCUUGUUAGGUUUGCUUUAAGAACAUUACAAAGCUUUUUCUAGAAUAUUCUAAAGCGCGCUAUGUAUGUGAACGUAAAUAUGUUGAUCAUUAGUGAUAACUAUAAACAUAUCAUCUGCAUUGUUGUGCUUCAAAUAAAUAUGUCGUGUUGCGUACUUCUUGAAUAUUGUUGUUCAACAUAUCUGUUCGUCCUCAAAACAUUCAUUCACUAUCAUUCAUUCAGAACUAUUGAUUGUGAAAUCAUGAUAAUAUUGAUUUGUGAUAUUAUUGCCAAUAAAAUUUUAAUACUUUUAAUAAUAAGGACGGCUAAACGCAGUACAGAUGAGCACAUUCCUCAAACUUGCACCUAAUUAGUAAGUUUUGUAGUUAUUUUCAUACAAAUUUUAUAUUUUUGGUGUAUCGGUGUUGCAGAUUUUAUACUCAGCCAGUACUGGUGCGUAAACACAAUGAAUACUUCCAUAAAACAAUAAUAAUAGUCGUGUUACUGAUGUCGUUUGGUAAUUUUUAUUAUAAAGUAUUAUUUUUUAUGUAAAAUGUAUUAUUGCGAGUAUAACGUGUAUAUUUUAUGUUAGGUAAGGUGCGUUUACACUGUCACAACUUAAUGUAACAUUUUGCAUUUAAUUUACUUACUUAUUAUGUUGUGUUCAUAACUGCGAACGUCGAAAAUCGUUGUCAAACGGUUUGCGGUGAAUCUUUGUGUUCGUAGAUGUGUACACAACUUUAUACAUUCUCACACAGUAUUCAACCGGAUUUGAAUGAGUUUCUUUGUAAAAAUGUACAAAACAAAUUGUCAAUAAUUAUUUUAAUUUUUUUAUCCAAAGUUUUUAUUGUAAGCUUAGAUCUCAGAAGGAAUUUGUAGCGUACGUUAAAUCGAUUAGUUUUGUAAUUAAAAUCAGAAUUUAUUUAUUGACGAAUCUUCGGUUUAUUUGUAAAGUUGAUUUUCCUAAUGUGUUAGUGUUAAGCAGGAUAUCAUUCCAAAGUGUAAGAUUAUAGUAAGCAUUACGUAGUCCAUAUAUCGUAGAAGCUGCCUGAGAUUAUUUUCCAAAUAUCUGAUAAUGGUGGACCGGUUUUUGUUUAUGCAUUGAAUAAAGGACAAGUCAAUCAUUA